GCCCGGGGGGACGCCGUUCCUGUUCCAUCGCCGCCACCACUGCCGCUGCCUGGGGAACGCCGGAGGAUGAGCUGAGCCUCCGCAGCUGUUGCAUUCGCCCCCGUUCGUCACAGAACCCAGCCCAAGCACCACCUCCUCCAGGAAGUCUACCUCUCCCAGUCAGAAAGCUCUUCCUCCUUUGGAAACACGUGGAUAUGGUGUCUAUCUGAAGAACAUUUUGCUUUAAAAGGAAAGAUGCUAUCUCCAAAUGAGAAAAAAUUAGAAAGACUGGAUCUGUUUUAUCAACCUUCACUGUCCAAGCAGAAGACCAGUGCAGAAAUCAUAAGUGAAGCACGAAAUGCGUUAAGAACAGUUAGAACCCAAAGACCAUUUACACCGCGGGAAGACCAAAGAAAGCUGUUUGGACCCACAUCUUCAAGAACACCAGAAAAUAGACCUCCUUCCUCCUUCAGCCUCCAUGCGUCCAGUUUUGAGUCAUCCGAUUCCAGGCCUAUCUCUGGCACACGUCUCAGUCCACUAGAUCUGAAACCAAAAGCUCUGGCAUCUCCCAGCACAGAAGAGGAUCGCUGCGUGUCCUUUCCUAAGCCCCCAGUGGACCCCGCGAAGAUCAGAAGAAUCAGCAGUGCCCGGGCACGCUUAUUCAGGGCCGCCUCCCAAGGGGCUCUUCUGCCAGACAGAUCCCUUCCUCCCGCUGAGUCCAAGAAGACAGUGGAAUCCAAAGAAACAGUUGUGAUGGGGAACCCUAUGGUGAAGAUAAAUGGGAUUUAUUUAACAAAAUCAAAUGCCAUUGGCCACUUUAAGAGUCACCCACUGCAGCUGACUUACAAUGGAGGCUUCAGUGAAAUCAAGGAGCAAGAAAUGUUCAAAGGAGCAAUGUCCUCAUCAUCACAUCUCACAAGUGGAGGGGACCAGGGGAAGAGGCGUGUGAGGGCCUCACCAUGCCCUAGCAACUCGGACCUGAGCAGGCCACAAACCAAACCAGUCUCAAAAGCCAACUUGCAAGAAAAGGAUACCGAAAUAGAAGUAGAUGAAGUCUUUUGGAAUACAAGGAUUGUACCGCUUUUGCAUGAAUUAGAAAAGGAAGAAAACAUUGAAACGAUUUAUGCUGCUUGCACACAACUUCAUCAUGCUUUAGAACAAGGAAACAUGCUUGGAAACAAAUUUAAGAGAAGAAGUAUUCUCCUGAAGACUCUAUAUAAACUAGUUGAUGUUGGUUCAGACUUGCUCAGCCUUAAACUCGCAAAAAUUAUUCUAGCACUUAAAGUAAGUAGAAAGAAUCUCCUUAAUAUCUGCAAACUUAUAUUUAAAAUUAGCAGGAGCGAGAAGUAUGAUUCUGUGAUUCGAAACGACAGCAUUCUGGACUCAUUAUUAGAUGUACUGAGAAGUGAAGACUUGCAAACUAACAUUGAAGCUUUUUUAUACUGUAUGGGUACUAUAAAAUUUAUUUCUGGAAAUCCAGGAUUUCUCAGUGAAAUGAUCAGCAAAGGUGCUUUGGAAAUACUGAUGAAUUUGAUAAAGCAGAUAAAUGAAAACACCAAGAAAUGUGGUACAUGUUUGCUUAAUUCGUGCCACUUGUUAGUCCAGAUGACUGCUACAUUGAGAAACUUGGUUGAUUCGCCACUAGCAAGAAGUAAGUUCCUGAACAUUGAUGCCCUUCCCCAGCUCUGCACAGUGAUGGAACAGUAUGUGGGUGACAAGGACGUCUGUACGAAUAUUGCCAGAAUAUUCAGCAAACUUACUUCUUACCAUGAUUGCUGUGCAGCCUUGGCCAACUAUUCCAGAUGUUAUGCCUUGUUUUUGAACCUGAUAAAUAAAUACCAGACGAAGCAGGAUUUAGUCAUUCGUAUUGUUUUUAUUCUUGGCAACCUGACAGCAAAAAAUAACCAGGCUCGGGAACAAUUUUCUAAAGAGAAAGGGAGCAUCCAGACCCUGCUGUCCUUGUUCCACAUGUCUUACCAACUUGAUCUGCAUUCCCAGAAGCAGGCGGGGGACAGAGCCGAGCAGCCCAAGGUGCAGAGGCCACCGUCAGAGGUGGAAGACAUGCUUAUCAAGCUGACCCGUGUGCUGGCCAACCUCGCCAUCCACCCAGGUGUUGGCCCGGCCCUGGCCACCAACCGUCGGGUUGUGGGCCUGCUGCUGACAAUGCUGGAAUACAAGUCACUUGAUGAUUGUGAGGAGCUGGUGAUCAACACUACAGCAACAAUCAACAAUUUGUCUUACUACCAAGUGAAGAAUUCCAUAAUUCAAGACAAAAGGCUAUAUAUUGCUGAAUUGCUUUUAAAGCUUCUUGUGAGUAACAACAUGGAUGGAAUCCUAGAGGCUGUACGAGUUUUUGGAAAUCUCUCCCAGGACCAUGACAUCUGCGAUUUCAUUGUGCAGAACAAUGUACACAAGUUCAUGAUUGCACUGCUGGAUGCUAAGCAUCAGGAUAUUUGCUUUUCUGCCUGUGGUGUUCUCCUAAAUCUCACAGUGGAUAAAGAGAAACGUGUCAUCCUAAAAGAAGGAGGAGGCAUUAAAAAGUUAGUGGAUUGUUUAAGAGAUUUUGGUCCUACUGAUUGGCAGCUGGCCUGCUUGGUUUGCAAAACUUUAUGGAAUUUCAGUGAAAAUAUAACUAAUGCUUCGUCAUGUUUUGGAGAUGAAGACACCAACACACUCUUAGUCCUGUUGUCAUCAUUUUUAGAUGAGGAACUAGCACUGGAUGGCAGUUUUGACCAAGACCUAAAAAACUAUCACAAACUCCAUUGGGAAACAGAAUUCAAACCUGUGGCACAGCAGCUACUAAACCGAAUACAGAGACAUCACACCUUUCUGGAACCCCUGACUGUUCCUUCUUUCUAA